CCCGGCCCUCUGGCCGCUCGCCGUCCGCCCGUCCUCCUCCCUCCCUGCGUCCCGCCCCGUCCAGCCCCCGGCAGCCGGGCUCCCACAGGCCGCCCCGCCGCUCGCGUUCCUAUGGACAGACGCACAGACACCUGCAGGAAAGACACUGCUGAUCCUGUAACAUGGAGGAUUGUCUUCAUACCUCAUCUGAAAAUCUGUCCAAAUUGGUCAGCUGGGCCCACAGCCAUGGGACCAUUUGCAGCCUCAUUCCAAACCUGAAACAUUUGCUUUCUGAAGGUUCCCAUGGGAACCUGACCGCAAUGUGGGGCUGCAGUGCUGGUCAUGCUUACCACUGGCCACUGACAGCUACUUGCAGAGCUGGAUCCCAAGAGAGGGUCUGUUUCCAAGACAACCGAAGUUUUAACUCUGAUAGCCCUAGUAUAAUCGGGGUGCCUUCUGAGACACAGACUAGCCCUGUUGAAAGGUACCCUGGGAGAGCUGUGAAAACAAAGCUAGACUGUAACCGGACCAGAGACUCUUGUGACUUCUCCUAUUGCAGUGAGCCCUCAGAGGUGGAUGAAGCUGUGGAAGAGUAUGAAGAUGAAAACACCCUGUUUGAUAUGGUUUGUGAGUCUUCCGUUACAGAUGAGGAUAGUGACUUUGAACCCCAAACCCAAAGACCUCAAAGCAUUUCUCGCAAAAGGCCCAUAGUUCCGUCUUCCCUCCAUUCAAGUUCCCAGACACAGAUGGUUGAUGAAUGCAGUAAUGAUGUCAUCAUCAAGAAAAUCAAACAAGAGAUUCCAGAAGAUUACUACAUUGUAGCAAAUGCAGAGCUGACUGGAGGGGUAGAUGGGCCAGCCCUUUCAUUGACCCAAAUGGCAAAACCCAAGCCUCAGACUCAUGCUGGUCCUUCCUGUGUAGGGUCUGCUAAGCUGAUUCCCCAUGUAACAUCAGCCAUCAGCUCAGAACUAGACCCACAUGUUAUGUCAGCAUCCCCCUCUGUGAUCUCCAGACCACUCAUCCCAAAGACUGCCAGGGUAUCUCUGGCAUCACCAAACAGAGGACACCCUGGUACCCAUGGCACCAACCAGCAGGUGGCCAUGCAGAUGCCUGUGAGCACAUCUCAUCCUAACAAACAGAUCAGUAUCCCUUUGUCUGCCCUGCAGCUGCCUGGACAGGAUGAGCAAGUUGCUUCUGAGGAGUUCCUGCCUCAUCUUCCCAGCCAGGUCUCGUCCUGUGAGGUAGCCCUUUCUCCUUCCGUUAACACAGAGCCGGAAGUGAGCUCCAGUCAGCAGCAGCCCCCAGUCGCUCCAACUAUAACCACUGAGGCCACAGCACAGUGCAUACCAGCUUAUUCUACUAAGCUCAACAAAUUUCCUGUAUUUAAUAUUAACGAUGAAUUGAAUGAUCUGUGUACCAGUGCAGUAAGCCCAAACACCACCAAAGCCACACGGUAUGCCUUGAAUGUGUGGCGAUAUUGGUGCAUGACCAACGGGCUCAAAGAUCACACAGACAUCACCAAGAUCCCUGCAGUGAAGUUGAAUGAGCUGCUUGAGAAUUUUUAUGUCACCGUCAAGAAGAGUGAUGGCUCUGACUUCCUGGCUACCUCGCUCCAUGCCAUUCGCCGAGGCCUGGACCGCAUCCUGAAGAACGCAGGGGUGGGCUUCUCCAUCACCAGCAGUACCUUCAGCUCAUCUACCAAGAAGCUCAAGGAGAAGCUGUGGGUGCUGAGUAAGGCAGGGAUGUCUGGUGCCCGCUCCCGCAAUAUUGUUUACUUUUCCCUUUCUGACGAGGAGGAGAUGUGGCAGGCUGGAUGUCUAGGAGAUACCAGCCCCAUCACUCUCCUGUCCACUGUAGUCAAGUACAACAGCCAGUACCUGAACAUGCGGACACUGCAGGAGCAUGCUGAUCUCAUGUACGGUGAUAUCGAGCUGCUCAAAGACCCACAAAACCAGCCCUACUUUGCUCGGACCGACAGUGUCAAGCGAGAGAGCCGGAGCACUUCUACCCGAGUAUGUCAUGGGAAAAUCUACCAUGAGCAUUCCAGGGGACACAAACAGUGCCCUUACUGCCUCCUCUACAAGUACAUGUACAUCCAUCGACCACCCACCCAAAUGGAGGCCAAGUCCCCUUUCUACCUUACUGCCAGGAAGGAGGCCACAGACAUGGGCAGUGUGUGGUAUGAGGAGCAGAGGAUGGGACUGCGGUCCCUUCGGGGGAUUGUCCCCAAUUUAGCCAAGAAAGUCAAGCUGGACAACUGUGAGAACUUCACCUUCGUCUCCUUUACUCAGGUCUCCAGGAGGCUUGGCUCCCACAGCUGCUGCCAGUGAACCCUCUCUCCACGGAUCCAGGCCAUUGCCCUGCUCCCCUCCCAGCAAGAGCUCCUCCAGGCUGCCAAAACCAGGCUCAGCAGCAAGGCAGAGUCCUCCGGAGUCAGAAGCUGACCCUGGCGUGCCCUUUCCAUUCCCUGAAGCCUGCUAUUCCUCUAACUCGGAGUUUGUUGUUUUUACUUUUUGGGGUUUUUUUUACAUGAAAGGAGAUGGAUUUGAAUAAUUGGGAUGUUUUAUCCAGGUGUGCUUCACCUUUGUUAAAUCACAGAACCUAGAUUCUAUGAGAAUUUAUUUCUAUCACUAUUAUCUAUAAGAGUGAGGGAAUUCAUUUUAUCUAGUGCCUUUUUAGCACAGGUUUUCUGCAAAAAGAGAAAGGAAACAGUUUCAGUAGUCAUCAAAAAAAAAAAAAAAUCCCAGUAGCCAGUAGCAUUAGAAUGUUUUGAGGACUAUACGCUUCGUUGAGUUAACUCACAAUAAGGAACUGGAGAGAGGAGAGAGAGACAGACGUGUUAGAGGAAAUUGCACUGGACACUCCUGUACAUUUUCUUGGUGGAUAGCACGGUCCUGCAGGGCAGGACCUUGAGCCUCAGCCAGAGAGGCAGGCUCCUCACUUUAGCAGGAAGAUCAUCUCUGCUGUGAGUGGAGAGAAUUUUAGAAAAGAACAAGACGAAUGUUUGUGAGAACAAGCUUCCCAGUUAACUAGUUUGUACUAUGAGAGGAAUUCUUGUAGGGAAAGAAAAGGGCUUGGAAAAGCCACCUGUGAUCCAAAUGUGAAAACCUGAAGCAGAAGUGCCUACGUCUGUCUUAGUUCUCAGCACCACAUGACAGCACUUUUCAUUUG